GGGCGCCUGGCAGACUGCUGCAGUCGCGAGUGGCGAGCGCGGUGGGCGGGCCGGGUGGCGGCGGCGGCGGCGGCGCUACGCUGGGCUAGGUCGGGCAGCCGCGACGACAGCUGAGGUGGCUGCAGAGGCCACUGAGGCGCUGAUUGGGAGGCCUGGAGCAGCCCCUGCGAGCCGCCAGGCGCUCCCGGGCAGCAGUGGGCCGCGGACAGGUUAGAGUGGGGGCAGGGGCCGGCGCGGGAGCAGCCCCGGGCCGGAGUGGGAGUCCGAGCCAGGCCAUCUCCAGCUAUGUCCGACGAGGCGUCAGCCACCACUUCGUACGAGAAGUUUCUAACUCCCGAGGAGCCCUUCCCGCUUCUGGGACCCCCUCGUGGGGUGGGCACCUGCCCGAGCGAGGAGCCGGGCUGCCUGGACAUCAGCGACUUCGGCUGCCAGCUCUCGUCUUGCCAUCGCACGGACCCGCUCCACCGCUUCCACACCAACAGGUGGAACUUAACUUCCUGUGGAACAAGUGUGGCCAGCUCAGAAUGCAGUGAAGAACUGUUUUCAUCCGUUUCUGUUGGAGACCAAGAUGAUUGCUAUUCCCUAUUAGAUGAUCAAGAGUUCACAUCUUUUGAUUUAUUUCCUGAAGGGAGUGUCUGCAGUGAUGUCUCUUCUUCUAUUAGCACAUACUGGGAUUGGUCAGAUAGCGAAUUUGAAUGGCAGUUACCUGGCAGUGACAUUGCCAGCGGGAGUGAUGUACUUUCUGAUGUCAUACCCAGUAUUCCAAGUUCACCUUGCCUGCUUCCUAAAAAGAAAAACAAGCACCGGAAUUUAGAUGAACUUCCUUGGAGUGCAAUGACAAAUGAUGAACAGGUGGAAUAUAUUGAGUAUCUGAGUCGUAAAGUCAGUACUGAGAUGGGUCUUCGGGAACAACUUGAUAUUAUUAAAAUAAUUGAUCCUUCUGCUCAAAUCUCCCCUACUGACAGUGAGUUUAUUAUUGAACUUAACUGUCUCACAGAUGAAAAACUGAAGCAGGUCAGAAACUAUAUCAAGGAGCAUAGCCCUCGCCUACGGCCCACAAGAGAGGCCUGGAAGAGAAGCAACUUUAGUUGUGCAAGCACCAGUGGAGUGAGCGGCGCCAGUGCCAGUGCCAGCAGCAGCAGUGCCAGCAUGGUCAGUUCUGCAAGCAGCAGUGGGUCCAGUGUUGGAAACUCUGCUUCAAACUCCAGUGCCAACAUGAGUCGAGCACACAGUGACAGCAACUUGUCUGCAAGUGCAGCAGAACGGAUUCGGGAUUCAAAAAAGCGAUCCAAACAGCGGAAGUUACAACAGAAGGCCUUACGCAAGAGGCAGCUGAAAGAGCAGAGGCAGGCUCGGAAGGAGAGGCUCAGUGGGCUCUUCCUUAAUGAAGAAGUGCUGUCCUUGAAAGUGACUGAGGAAGACCAUGAAGCAGAUGUAGAUGUUUUGAUGUAAUAAGGGUGAAUUUAUCAGCAUUGUUUCUAAGCAUUAUUCUAUCCUUAUUUGUUUACAUGCAUCUUGACCAAACUUUUGGUUAGGGCUGUGCUGACGUACCGUUCAUAAUUUAGGUCUGUGGUUCUCAGCAGAUGGUCCUUGGAGCAGUAGCUUCAGCAUCACCUGAGAAGUUAUUAGAAAUGCAUACUCUUGGGUCCCACCCCAGACCUAGUGAAUCAGAAAUGCUGCGGGAGGGGCAUAGCAUUGUGUUUGAACAGGUACUAGGUUAUUCUGCCACACACUCUAGUUUUAAGAACCACUGAUUUAGUAAAUGUUUUGACUAUUUAAACUUCAGAGUGGUUAAGUGGGCUUUUUCAGACUAGUACUUUAACAGUUUAGGAGAUUUCAAGGUACUGCUGACAGAUAAUUUAUUAUGUCAGUAUAGAAUGUGUAGAGAUCAUAAUUCAUUUUCUUCUUAAUGUUAUGAUUUCUUAGUUUUUCUAAAGGGCCAUAGCAUAAUUCUCAAUUCCUAGUGGACGUCUUUUUUUUGAGGUUGUAGAAUGUGGAUUGCUGUUUACAAUAGUGCCUUCAUUAGGUUUAUUUGUUUUCAUUCAUUUUAACUCAAAUGUGUAAAAAAUAGGCCCUAACAUCUUUUGUUAGGUUUGGUUUUGUUUUUCAGUUUAUGUAUAUUCAGAAUCCUUUCUGCAAGUGAUGACUACUGAGAAAAUAAUGUUACUAGUAGCUGAAUUUUAGACUUAAUGCUACAUUGAUUAAUAUUCAAAUGGAAAAAUCCAGCAAGCAAAACAACCAAUUCUACUUUUCACUGCUUUUUGAAAUUUUAGGCUGUGACACUGUCUUAAAGGCAAGAAACAUCUCUGUCAAGUUCUUUUUGUAGGUUUUUUUAUUUUCAGCACAGCUCUAAUUUUUAAAUAUUUGGUGUAACAGCUUUAUGGCAUGUGAACAAGUUAAUGUUCAAAAUUAACUCAAGAAAACCCUUACAGUUCUGCUAAACUCUGUAAAUCGCUAGAAAUACACUGAGCAGUGAGAUAUUAAAAAACCUUUGCUUCUUGGCUACUAAUAGUACUCUAAUUUUAAAUGUGAAAUCAUUGAGUCUCUAAAUGUUUUCGUGAAGAGUUUGUUAUCAUGAACAUUAUAAGUAGUGUGAUUCCUUUUAUUUUCCCACACAUCUUUAAACAUUCACACGGGUUAAAGAAAAUGGAAACUGAUACUACUGACAAUCAAGCUGCUUUCUGACUUUCAUGAUUUUCUUUUUAUUGUGGAAACUUGGGAGGUAAUCAUGAUUUUGUAGGAUGAGUUGUCAAUAUUUUUUUAAAGUCUAGAGUUAGAGGUUGAUAGAUUCCUACUUUUUUUUGCACUGUAUCAUAUCAAGUAAUCCAUUAAAAAGAUUAACAACGUAGAUCCUUAAUUCUCAGCUGCGAAUUCUUAAUUCUCAGCUGCGAAUUCUUAAUUCUCAGCUGCGAAUUCUUACUUCUCAGCUGCGAAUUCUUAAUUCUCAGCAUAACCUUUGCUUACAAUCAUAUGUUUUGAAAUUUUUACUUUAUUUUGGUUCCUCAAAAGUUAAAGAAUUGAAACUAAGGGAAAAAAUUGAUAUAUCGCAGCUAUACUGAGGUCUGUGAUAUGGUUGUAACAUUUUGAAGACUACUAAAUUCAUACUUUAAAAUUUUACUGAAAUAACAGUAUAUAUGUGUAUAUGGUUGUCAGUUGGAGUACCCCCUCUGACUUUCCUCUUACCCCCUCUUUAGUGCUUCUGACUAGCUUAGAGGGCCCAAAGAGAACUUGGGGAUAAAUCCCAGAAUACUCUUGAGGAAGAUUGAAAGGGUCCACCUUGUUGUGUUUUCCCUUCUAAAUACAGAAAGAGUAGAUAGAAGAGCAAAUACAGCUGAAUUCUCUACCUGCUCUUAGCAAAAGCAAAAUUCCAGGGAAUGACUGCCUGUUCUCUUUAGUUACUCUUCAAGGAAAACAGGCCCCUUUUGGAGACCGUAGAGCAGCAUGUAUCUGUUAAAUACUUGGAAACAAUUUACUUGACAGUGACCAAUAAAAGAAGAUCCUAAUAAGACCAAUUCCUCUACUCGCCCAAUAAUCACAGUCUUAUUACCAUAGAUUUAACUUAAGUCACUGUUAAGCAAGUUUACCAAAGUGCCACAAAGCCAAUUUUUAAAGUUUAUAAAGGUUUGAGUGUUUAUAGUAAAGUACACCAUGAAAUGUGCAAAUCUGGAUGCACAGCCUUUAUGGUAUCAUAAAUUAGAGAUAGCUCAGUAAGGUGGCUUGGAAGAGAUUGAAAUAAAGAACAGAAAAAAAAUUUAAGCAAUUUGUGUUUGCUUAUGAUUAAAGAGGGAGAUUACAAAGUCUUUCUCUACCUACCCCCCCCCCCAAAUAAAACAGCAGAAAAAGACAAAAAAUUCUUGUCUUUGUUAAUGUGCUAUACUUUUUUUUUGGUCUUAAUGCCUCAUGUAGAUAAUUCAGGUUUGAAUUAUUUCUUUCUUAGAAUAAAUAAUAAAUUUAGUCUGAUCUCUUUCUAAGUUCAAUUUAAAACAAAUCCAACUCAAUUUUUUUUCUUUAAAAGUAUAAACCUCGACUAACCAAUUAAUAAAAAUGUGAGACUUAUUUGCUCCAUUGUCAGUUCUCAACUGUAGAGAAUUAACAUUAGAGCAAAUAAGUCUUUCCCUUUAAAAAUAAGCCUUGUUACAUGAGGGCAUGAUUAAAAAAUAAGACUUCUUAAUUAAGGGCAUAAUGAAGUCACAUCACAUUUAUCCAGAACAUUUUAUUAGGGAUCUUGUGUGUAUGUCAAUUAUAUUUCAACAAAACUGGGGAAAAGAGACCUUGUAGAAGUCUGUCAGUCCCUACCACAGGUUUUAAAAGUAGAAACCUUGAGUUUAAACAAAAUGAUGUAUUUUUUUCUACAUUUUUGCAACUGAGUUUAAGUAAGGCAAUGUAGUAUAAUGUGUAGUGAAGUACAAAGGACUUUAUACUGUUCUUCUGUCCCAAGAAGAACUUAGAGUAAAAUAACUUUAUUUUUUGAGACUUGUCUCAUUUUUAGUUAAGUGGUGGCUGUUUUGUCCAUUUUGUCAGUCCUUUGGGUUAACUAGAUAUUGCUGAAUUAAUGCCAGAAACUGAUUUGAAAUUUGAUGACUCCGUGGAUUGGAUAGACAUCUCAUUUUAUCUAGCCCUUAGAAGUGCUAAAACCCCUCAUAAAGGAAAAAUUUUAAAAAACUACUAUAUAAAGGAAUCCAGAUUCUGAUGAGCUUUAAAAAUUGUGAAAUUUAGCAAAUGUCUUCAUAUCUAAGCCAAAAAUGUUAGUUCAUGACAAAUAGAAAAGUCUUGUUCCCAGGAUUCUCUAGCAUAGAGUCUUUUGUUUGUGGCUUACUCUUUAUAGCUUCCUGUGCCUUAAAGGUGAACUCUAUACUUUUCGUCAACAUUAGGCUUUUCCAAAUUCAAAAGUAAUCUAAAUGUUGUAAUUCAUUUUAUAAAAUGCCCAUGCUCUUGGAUAUCAGUAAGCAAAGGCAUUAUAUCGAACUAAUCAAUGAUAAUAGAGUACGUAAUGAAAACCUUCAGAUCUUAAGUUUCACUUAUAUAACUUGAUUUUUGGCCCAGCUAGGUCAUAGAACGUUGAAGUCAUCUAAAGUAUAGUUUAAUGUAUUUGUUUAUUUUUUCCCUGAUAAAACUCAUAAAGCAGAAUAUUUUUUAUUUUACUUAUUUUAUUUUUUGGCCUCACUGUGCAGCUUGCAGGAUCUUAGUUCCCUGACCAGGGAUUGAAACUAGGCCCUCAAAGCAUGGAGUUAUAACCACUGGGAUUCCAGGGAAUUCCCAAGAAUAUUUUUUUAAAUUGAGUUAACUCUGAAAAGAUAAUUUUCAAGGCAAAAGUACUUCAAAAGCAGAGAUUAUAUAGCAAAUUUAUUUGUUUGUUAACUUUAGUGAUUCUUGUAUUCAUUUAUGUAAUAGCAUAACAUUCCUCUUCCUUUUAACUUAACAGUUCUGUUUACAAGAAAAAAUGUUUGCUUCAAACUGGGAAGGGGUUACUUAAAAUCAGUUUAUAGUUUGAGAUGGUUGAUAGGAAAAUUUCCAGUUACAGUCAAAUGAUAGUAUUGAUGUUGUGCACACUGACAUUCAAUAUGUCUAAACUUAGAGGUAAGUUUAAUCCUUAAAAGGACUAUUAGGUAGAAAAUAAAUAUUUGUAUACACAUGUACUGUGAUAACUUUGGAUUCAUUUUAAGUCUGACAAAGUAAGAUAAGUUUUAUCUUUACAAUUAAAUUAUGCUAAGUGGUAGGAGGUAUCUGAGAGAGAUUUAGACCUAGGCAUCCUUAUCAGUGUAGUAUCUGGAACAUAGCUCCUUAGAAAUGCUUAAUUCUUAUUUCUUUGGAAAAUUCCAGAAGAUUAGAAGGAACUCUACAAAUUCUAAGUAACUGGCUAUUAUUAAUAAGAGUAAGAAAUCUACUAUACUUCAAUAAAAUAUUUUAAGACAAAAAAAUAGGAAGUUGCAUGGUAUAGCCGAGUUGACUCACUAAAAUUUUAUUUACAUAUUUUUUCUAAUAUAAAAAUUACUUGUUUUCAGCCCCCCUUCACAAUUGUAUUUUAAAUUAAGGUUAUUAAUGUUUUAACCUAGAUCACAUAAUGGUAAAUUAAUUUUUUUCAUUUGAUAUCCAUACUGAACUUGGAAAAACUGAUUUGGUCUUCUCUGAUUUCAAUAGGUAUUGUUGGAUUUCUUUGUUACAUCUUUUGUGGUCAAUGGAACCUGUGGAAAUCUGUGUUCUUUUCUUUGUGGUGAGGGAUGGGGGUAGAAAAGAAGAGAGUAGUCUAAUUAUACAUAUGCAGAGAGUAGUCUAAUUAUACAUAUGCAUUUUGACUAUAUAAAGGUAGUUGUAGAAUUAAUAUGUAUAAAUGACAAGUUAACACUUACCUAUUGUGAAUUGUUCUAAGGAACAGUGGCCUGAAGCCAUGGCUUGUUUUGUGGAGCUGCUUGCUCUUUAAUAGUAGCUGACCAAUUGGAUUUAAGUUGAGACUUUGAGGUUAGGUUACCAAGCUGAGGCUUUUAGGAAUGGAGCAGACCGUGUCUGUUCCUGUAGUGGAUCAAUUUAAUUUCCUCUUUGAAUACUCUAAUUUAGAUAUAUGUAUUAUCCAUUCUAAAUCUUUGUGUUGGGAGUUUUAUAGAACUGUUUUCAAAAGCUAUUAAGAAUAAACACAAGUAUAUGUAAAACAUUUCACAGAUGGUUAAAAAUUUCAAUUUUUUUGUUUUAGUUUCAAAGGUUAGUUAUGUAGCAUCAAUAUCAUAACCAAAGCAAGUAGGAAGUUGACUGGUUUGGAGAAUCUUCAAGUAGUCUUAAAUACUGUAAUGUAUCAGAUUGUUAACCAGGAUUUUUUUCCUGUAUUUCUGCUAAAUGUAUUACUGUAUUAAUGCACUUUUGUAUAUAUAUAUCUGUCUUCUGUACAUUCUGUACUUACUUCAGUGUAUAUAAAAGCUGUUUUUCCUGAAGCUGUUAGGGAAAAACAAUAGCUGUAACACAAGUCACUUCUAUUUUGAGUUUCCUCUUGUACUUGAAAGUAGUCAUUCAGUAGUUAAAUCUAUAUAGUAUGUAUGGUUGUAAUUAAAAUGGCAAUGUGGCAGAGCUGUCUUUUGAAACUGAUUAUAAGAAUGAAAAGUGUUUUGGUUAUGAAAAACUUGUAAUAUUUUAAAUUGUCUCUUUUGAUGUACCAUGGAUUUUUACAAACCCACUGCUGCUUACUACUUUAUACUUCUGAAUCUACUCCUUUUCAUGUCCCAUCCUAGAACAUUUAUCAACAGAGAAAAAUUUCUCUCUUUUCUUUUGCUCAGUUUGGUUAAGGCUCCAUAGCUUUUGUUUUGUGUAAGUCUCAAUUCCCCAGAUGUCACUGGCAAAUCUCUUUUCUCCUGGAAAGAUCAGAUUUCUAGAGACAUUAGAAUUCAUAGUAAGUGAAGAUUAGGUCUAACAUUGUUUACGCAAACCAGAUCUAUUUUCCUUCUAGAGUUUUCUUAAGUUAUAUAAAAGUAAUGUCUGUGAGCAGUUUUAUGUAUUGGUACGGAAGCAGUUCAGCUUUUCAGCAGCAACUUUAUCUCUUGCCACUAGAGGGAGAUCUGUGGUUGCUCUCUCCUUUGGAAAAAGUCUUGGCUGCUUUUCAUUUGUUUUUAACUUCAGAGGUUGGAAUUGACCUCAUGCUCAAAAUUCCUUUUGUGAUAUUAAGUGCUUUGAUUUGUUAGUCAAAGGUAAGUUAAUUAAGCUUGUUUAAUAAAGCCAAUAUUAUUCAUGCUUUUCUGUAAUUUCAAUUUUUAAUAAAUGUGAGUCAGAUAUUAA